CGGGGCGGUACAAAGGUCGGCGGAAGUGCCCUGUGUUGUUGCCGGAAGCAGGAAAGGAAAGGUUGUGAUGGCGGCUGCGGCUCUAGCUGAGGAGGUGCCGGUGGACGGCGCGGAGGAACUGCAGCCUGCUGUGGAGGCCGAGGAGCUGGCCGCCCAGAAGCGCGAACAGAGGCUGCGCAAAUUCCGGGAGCUGCACCUGAAGCGGAAUGAAGCUCGUAAAUUAAAUCACCAGGAAGUUGUUGAAGAAGAUAAAAGACUUAAGUUACCUGCUAAUUGGGAAGCCAAAAAAGCUCGUUUGGAAUGGGAACUACAGGAAGAAGAAAAGAAAAAGGAAUGUGCAGCAAGGGGGGAAGACUAUGAGAAAGUAAAGUUGCUGGAGAUCAGUGCAGAAGAUGCAGAAAGAUGGGAGAGGAAAAAGAGGAAGAAAAACCCGGAUCUGGGAUUUUCAGAUUAUGCUGCCGCCCAGCUUCGCCAGUAUCAUCGGCUGACCAGGCAGAUCAAACCUGACAUGGAAACGUACGAGAGACUGAGAGAAAAACAUGGAGAAGAGUUUUUCCCAACGUCCAACAGUCUUCUUCAUGGAACACAUGUGCCUUCCACAGAGGAAAUCGAUAGGAUGGUCGUAGAUCUGGAAAAACAAAUUGAAAAACGAGACAAAUAUAGCCGGAGACGUCCCUAUAAUGAUGAUGCAGAUAUUGACUACAUCAAUGAAAGGAAUGCCAAAUUCAACAAGAAGGCUGAAAGAUUCUAUGGGAAAUACACAGCUGAAAUUAAACAGAAUUUGGAAAGAGGAACAGCUGUCUAAUCCUUUCAGGAACUGCUUUUAGAAGCUUGAGAAUGGAAUGAAAAUUUCUGCUAGCCAAUAUAAGUUCUCUUCAGAGUUAUACCAGUAAACCAGAACUCGGUCUCUGCCUUCCCAUUCAGCAUUUAAAAAUAAAUGUUUUUUCUUAAGCAUAUACUUCCAUGUAUAUUUCCACAUUUUUGUGCUUGGAUAUAAGAUGUAUCUCUUGUACUUGUUUUGUAAAAAUCUACUUUGUAUAAAUUCUAAUUAUAUUAUUUUUCUAUGUAUUUUUAAAUGUGUAUGACUUUAAUCUUUGAAGCAUUUUGGGUUUAAGAAUGCUUGCAGCAUAUGUAAAUGCAGUCAUUGUUACUUUGAAUGCUGUUAUGAAUUUGAUAAAAUCUAGAGCUGGACUCAGGAACCAUUUGGAGUUUAGACUCCAAAGCUAAGGACAGUGAGGAGAAAGGUGGUAGUGGCUA